GUUUAUUGAACCCUGAAACUCCUCCUCCCUCAUUCACAAGGCAGCGAAAAUGGCAACCCAAGCCCUGGUUUCAUCCUCUCUGAGCUCUUCAGUGGAGACUGCCAGACAAAUAUUUGGAGCCAGACCUUCCCAAUCCCAUGUUGGGUCCUCAAGGAAAGCAUCCUUUGUUGUCAGGGCAACUUCCACUCCCCCUGUUAAGCAAGGAGCAGAUAGACAGUUGUGGUUUGCAUCAAAACAAAGCCUUACCUACUUGGAUGGCAGCUUACCAGGUGACUAUGGGUUUGACCCACUGGGACUCUCUGACCCAGAGGGCCCAGGAGGGUUCAUCGAGCCAAAAUGGCUAGCAUACGGUGAGGUCAUCAACGGCCGCUACGCCAUGAUGGGUGCUGUCGGAGCCAUUGCACCGGAGAUUCUCGGAAAGGCCGGCCUGAUCCCUCAAGAAACAGCUCUCCCCUGGUUCAAAACUGGGGUGAUCCCACCGGCCGGAACAUAUGAUUACUGGGCUGACCCUUACACACUCUUCGUCUUCGAAAUGGCCCUCAUGGGAUUCGCAGAGCACAGGAGAUUCCAAGACUGGGCCAAUCCGGGAUCCAUGGGGAAACAGUACUUCUUAGGACUGGAGAAGUGGCUGGGAGGGUCCGGAAACCCUAUCUACCCAGGCGGACCUUUAUUUAACCCGCUUGGGUUGGGAAAAGACGAGAAGUCGAUGAAUGAUUUGAAGCUGAAGGAAGUGAAGAACGGAAGACUGGCAAUGUUGGCAAUCUUGGGGUAUUUCGUCCAGGCACUCGUCACCGGAGAAGGGCCGUACCAGAACCUUCUGGAUCACCUUGCUGACCCUGUCAACAACAACAUCUUGACUAGCCUCAAGUUCCAUUAAGGGAAUCAGAUUUCAUUCUUCUAUCCUUCUUUCUUCCUAUAUAAUUUCCAUGUUCUUGUAAACUCUAUGAAAAUUUUAUUAAAACAGACUUGUUUUAUGCUGUUAUGCGAGAUAAUGAGUUAGUUU